GGCGAGUCUCUAUACAUAUGACUUCUAACUAUUUAUGACAAUGAAUAUCGUUUAGAAUAUGUGUGGACAAAUAGUUUAACAAUUAUCAGGAACUCCUAUGGCAUCGGCGAUUCAAUUACCCUGCUGUGGUCCAUGUGGGUAUGAUGACGCAACUAAGGAAGCGAGAAGAUGCUGUACUAAUUGUGAUGAAGGAUUGUGUGAAGACUGUGAAAAGGCUCACAUAAAAAACAAAAUAUCGAGAAACCAUAAGAUUAUCUCGAUUGAAGAUUACCGCAAGAUUGAAAAUGUUUCUAUCUCUGAGGUUUGUGAGAAUCACGGAGAAAAUCUUGAGUGGUUCUGUAAAACUCACGACAAAUCCCUCUGCAUGGUUUGUGUCACAUCAAAUCACAAGCCAUGUUCCGAUGUUAUAUCAAUAAAUAUUGUCUCAAGAAAUGCCAGUCAAUGAGCAGCAUUGUCUGACCUUGUAGGGUCAAUCGAUGGAACACUUAGCAGCCUUAAACAGUGCAUAAAAAACCGUGAUUCCGCUACAAAGGAAAUUGAAAAACAAGAGUUAGAAAUAAAAAGGAUGAUAAUUCAAAUGCGGGAAAAAAGUAAACUCCCACUUAGACAAGAUAGAAGAAAAAUUACUCCUGGAACUAGGAUCAAUUUCUCUUAUUUGUAAAUCAGAAUAUGCAAAAAUCCUUCGGAAGUUAAAAUCAGCAGAGGAAAAGCUUACCAAACUUAGGGAACAAACAUUGUACAUCAAACAAUUUUCUUCAGACAUACAGGUGUUUCUUGGGACGUAUCAGGGUAAUAAGUCGCUCAUUUGCGAGACCAAAUCCAUCAAGGAUGCCAUGGAUGAGUCAAAAGAUUAUGGAUUAAUCAUAAAUCUCAAUAGUAUAAUCACAAAACUGUCAAAAGAAGUUGAAGAUUUUGGCCAAAUCAAGAUCACAGAAAAUUCUUCUCAGUUAUAUUUCAGAGACCCCAAAAUCGAAGCUCAGAUAGGUAUCCCAGUCCCUACAUCAAGAAAUGUAUCCAACACACAGCUUCGGUUAAUCAAAACAUUUAGAAUAUCAAUGAAAAACAGAAUGUCAAAAAUGCAUGUGACAUGUAUAACAGGCUGCAUCAUCUUGCCUAACGGUAAUUUAUUAAUGGCUGAUAACGCAUGUAAAUCUUUAAUCGAGUUCAGCGAUACAGGUGAACACAGUCGAGACAUUCAGGUCUCUGGUUCGCCGUGUUGCAUUGCAGCGGUGGAUUUUAAUCGUAUUGUCGUGACUUACGCUAAAAGAAAAUUCUUAGAAAUAAUGAAUAACACUACUUUCAAGGUCGAACAGAAAAUCAGUUUUCAUAAAAGUGCUAGAGGAAUAUCUCAAGAGAAUGGAAUACUGUAUGUUGUAAGUGGAUGCACUACAAUACAUGUCCUGGAUCUAUCAGGAAGACAAUUGGAAACAUUGGAAAUAUCAUCUAAUAACGCAACUUAUCUCACUACUAGCAGAGACAGGAUAUUCUACUACACUGACAAAGUGCAUUGUUGCCUUAUGAAUGGAGAAGAGUUAUGGCAGUUUGAAAGUAACAACAUUACAUGUCCUCGCGAUGCAGCAGCAGACAGUAACCAUAACGUGUAUGUCGUAGGUUUUCAUUCUAAUAAUCUAACAAUAAUACAACAUGAUGGAAUAGACAGUAAAAUAUUACUAACAGAAUCAGAUGGACUUGAAAGUCCACGUGCUGUGUACUAUGACAACGAGAAAAGAACACUACUCAUAUGCAAUCAAGAGGGAACCUUUUUUUUGUAUAAAGUCGUUUAAAAGUUUUCUGAUCAUUAAAUGGAGUUCCUGUGUUCAAGAAAAUUUCCUACGAAAGACAAUGUCUACAUAUAUUGGCACAAUAUUACAUCAUCUUUAACAAACAAAGAUCUAUUUAGUUUUUAAUUUAACUACUUGUAUUUGAUGACGAGGGCAGUGGCCAAAAAUAGUGUCUGAGAUUUGAAUAACCAAACAAUAUUUUAGCUUAUAACAUAUUUUAGGAUUAAUUGAAAAACAAUGCAAUUUAAAGCGUCGCAAAUGGUUUCAAACAACGAAGUCAAUGCUAAAUUAUUUUGAAUAUUCAUGGAAAAACGAUCACAACUUUUUUAUAAAUCUAUUUGCAGUUAUGUUUGGCGCCAAAAUUAGGGGCUAAUGUUGAACGGUGCCUCCGUUAUGGAAAAUUAUUAAUAUUUCACUUUCCGUUGUCCAUUGUUCAGCGUGGUACUCGAUUAUGUUAUAAUGUUUUAUUAUUUAGUAUUACAAUCUAGAAAGAUUUUUUUUUCUUCCAUUUACUGUCAUUUAAAAGAAUAUUUAUCAUUUUUAUACAUGUUAUACUUUUCGUUACUGUUAAAGAACAUGGUGGACUUUUUUUAGCCUCCUGCUUACCGGGCAUUUGGUUUAAUUGUUAACGUGGAUCCUAUGUCUGCACCCUGGGCAACCGAGGAUUUUUUUUUUGAAUAAACAAGUAUCUAUUUAAAAAUAAAAAAAGUAAAAUAUUUCACUUUUUCUUGAAUCACACGUUGAUAUAAAAACUAACAAACCUAUACAUGUUUAAUCAAGUAAGACUUUUUUUUUAUACAAAGCCUAUAAGACGCAGCAACAGUCUAUCGAAGUAAAAGUUUAAGAAAUGAAAGAAAAAGAGUCAAAUUAAAAAUAUUAAAAUGUUAUUGUCGGCUAGUUUGUUUUUUGUGUUUAAUGAUACUUUCAGUGAAACUUGGUAAUAAAUGUAACACAGUAA